GACUUGGGUACCCUCUCCAAUAUAUCUCAUUAUGUAGGUACAUGCAAAUACAAGUAUCCCAAAAUCCAAAAAAAAAAAAAAAUCCAAAACACUUCUGGUCCCAAACAUUUAGGAUAAAGGAGACUCAAUUUGCAUUGUUAUGAACUAGCCCUUUUGUAGUCCAAAGUAUUGUGAGGUGGUUGGUUUUCUGUGGCAAGGCCUAUUAGCCUCACAAAAGACCUGGUCUUCAAAGAGAAGAAAAUGACUAGAAAUUUUAUUUUAAAAAACAGAUUGAAAGAGAGGAACACAGACAGACAGACAGACAGACAGACAGACAGAUCAACAUAGCUGCAUGCAUUUUGGACUCUUCUUGGUUGUGUUGCUAUAGGGACUGUCACAAUGACAGACGGCGCUUCAGAAUUUACCACUACAUUGCUGACACCCCCUGAGUGCUAUAUUUGGCUUGGGGAACAUUUCCACUAUUCCCUUGCUUUCGGGGGAAAGGGCCAAAAAAACAAAACAAAACCUGAACCAACCUGAGACGAAGAGUUGUCUGUUCUUUGCUGCCUACUCACAUUGCAUGCAAAUAUUGCAUUGCCCUCCUCAUCUUUCAAGGAAGGUGGGAGAUGCUUCUUUUACAUAAUAUAUCUGUGCCUCAAAUGGUCCACAACCAGAACACCACCCCUCCUUUUGUUUCAUAUAAAUUUAGUGGUGACUUGAUUCUUAUGCCUUGGUGUAAUUUGGUCCACCUCAGCACCAUUGCAUCAUGCCUCUUUCAGCCUUCCUGCCGGUUGCGAUUCCACCUCAACCAGGUGCUAUGGGUGACAACCGUAGAGGUUGCGCUGAGCCGAGGGUGGGAGUCAUAUUAUUCCAUUGGCUGGUGCCGGCACAUCCUCAGCACCAAUGAGAAGCUGUGCUGCCAGAUCUGAUAUGUUUACUGGGAUGAAUUAUAUCCAAAUAUAUGUACACAGGCAGUGUGUGUGUGUGUAUAUGUGUGGCUGAAUGACCUCCCCCCUGUGAUGUAAAAUAUGAGAGUCUGGGAGCUACCCGUUUUAUAAUUGAUCUGAUUCAGCGACUGAGCAGAGCCACUUGGCUUAAUUAUAAAGGCAAGUGUGAACUCUGCAGCUGACUGGGUUGGUGAGGGGGAGAAUCUUGAAAAGCUGUACUGCCAGCAAGUGGGACUCUCUGCCUUUGUUUCAGCAAAUCCUGCCUUGUAGAAUACGCCCGAUUUGAAGCCAAGAUCCAUGACCUGCGUGAACAGAUGAUGAAUCACAGCAUGAGUUCUGGGUCGGGCUCCCUGCGAACCAAUCAGAAGCGCUCCCUCUACGUCAGAGCCAUGUUUGACUACGACAAAAGCAAGGACAGUGGUCUUCCAAGCCAAGGACUCAGCUUCAAGUAUGGAGACAUCCUCCAUGUUAUCAACGCUUCUGAUGAUGAAUGGUGGCAGGCAAGAAGAGUUAUGCUGGAGGGGGACAGCGAAGAGAUGGGCGUCAUACCCAGCAAAAGGAGGGUUGAAAGGAAAGAGCGAGCACGUUUAAAGACAGUGAAGUUUAAUUCAAAACCAGGUGUGAUCGAUGCAAAAGGGUCAUUCAAUGACAAGCGUAAAAAGAGCUUCAUCUUUUCACGAAAGUUCCCAUUCUACAAGAACAAGGAGCUGAGUGAGCAGGACACGAGUGACCCAGAACAACAUCUUCCUUCUAAUGCCAGUGAUAGCGAAAGUAGCUACAGAGGGCAAGAGGAUUUCAUUCUCUCCUAUGAACCUGUAACAAGGCAGGAAAUUAAUUACACCAGACCGGUUAUUAUCCUUGGUUCAAUGAAAGAUCGGAUCAAUGAUGAUUUGAUAUCUGAAUUCCCCGACAAAUUUGGCUCCUGUGUACCACAUACAACUCGGCCCAAGCGUGACUAUGAAGUGGAUGGGAGAGACUACCAUUUUGUUAUCUCCAGAGAACAAAUGGAAAAGGACAUCCAAGAGCACAAAUUCAUAGAGGCUGGACAGUAUAAUGAUAAUCUGUAUGGAACAAGCAUUCAGUCAGUGAGAUUUGUUGCAGAAAGGGGCAAACACUGUAUACUCGAUGUAUCAGGAAAUGCCAUUAAGCGACUACAAGCUGCCCAGCUCUACCCCAUUGCUAUCUUCAUUAAGCCUAAAUCGUGGGAGCCAUUGCUGGAAAUGAAUAAACGCUUCACAGAGGAGCAAGCCAAGAAAACAUAUGACAGAGCGAUGAAGUUAGAGCAAGAAUUUGGAGAGUAUUUUACAGCUAUUGUCCAAGGAGAAACCUUAGAAGAAAUAUAUACCCAAUGCAAACUUGUAAUUGAAGAACAAUCUGGGCCUUUCAUCUGGAUUCCUUCCAAGGAAAAGCUAUAAAGUAGCCAAUUCACCUCUGAUUAUCACAGAAGAGUCUUUAGAAGAAAACCUAAUCCUAUCCUAUUUGGAAGCUUUGGGGAGGGGGUGAUUUUUUUGGGGGGAGGGGGAGAUACUUUUCCGUUUCUUGCAGUCAAUGUGAAUUUUUUCUGAAUGUACAACACAAAGUGUUUGAAGCCAUGAAGGACAUUGAUUUGGUCAUAAAAGAUAGAGAAAGGAAAGGAAAGAAGAAAAACUUAAACAAACAAAAAAGACUUCUGCCAUAUGAAACAAAUGAACAAACUGUUAUCGUGCGCUUGCUGCACCACUCGGUAAGGACAGGUGUUCGACGUGGAGGCUCGCUAUCCAAGAGAGCAGAUCUGCGUCCUCAUCCAUAUUCUUGGCUCAGCUCAAUGUGUUUGUUGAUUGCUUUAAAGAAGAAGUUUCCCCCUUGAUCUUGCAAAGAGCAUCACUCUGGAGUUCCAGUUGGUAAGAUGGGAAUUGUAUGCGGGCAUAGAGGCGACUUGUACUGAACAGAUGCUGUGGAAUGACAAACAGAGUGCUGCCACACCACGCAGGAUAGUAUCCUACAGAACCUGAUCCAUCUUCCACUGAACUCUGCAGAGACUGUGAAUGCUUUUUCUCCUUUUCCUCUGGAUGUUGGAUCAGGUGCUGAGUUUAACCAUAGCACAUCUGUAUUUGGUACACCUUGACUUUCGUAUAACUAUGCACAUUCCUUUCUCUCUCUUUUUUUUUUUUAAUUUCCUGAAAUUGAUCCAGGACAUUAUUUUUUCCACCACCACCAGCACCACCUCAGAAUAGGGAUGGAAAAAUAUUUCAAAAAAAUUGGGAGGGGAAAGGUAAAAAUUUGGUUUCCUGGCUGUUGGAAAACCCCAACAAGGAAAGGCCUGCAUGAUGAGAAACUUUGCAGGUUGAGAUGUAUUCUGCAUCAAAGAAAAUGACAUUUUUGGUCAUUCUGUCAAAGUAUGUUGCUUUCCGUACAGACAAUGUGUGGGGAUUUUGUGCAGAAUAAAUCCCAGACUGUGAAUAGUCUUCAAAAAAUUGCCAUUUUUUGAAGAUGUUCUUGCAGCAGGAAGAAAACUGAAUAAAUCAUGAAUUUAUUCCUGCGAGAACAAAUUUGACCAAAAUUUCCAUCCCUACUUCAGACCCAUCUAGUUCUUGUUGAGAACGUGGGUCAAUUCAGUUGGAUUUGGUGGGAAAGGAAAGCAUUUCAUCUCAAAACACAUUCACAUAAAAGCGUGGAAGUUCAGGGUACUUAAACUUGACUGAGAGGGAAUAUAAUUGGGAAAAGCUUUACAUUUUAUUUUAAUUGUCUAUAUUAUCAUUUAUAUAAAGACAGAGGGCACUUAAAGAUGGAAUAAUUUAUUAAAGAAUCUAUAUUGAUGUAUAGGCGCUAAUUUCUAUAGGUGACAAAAUAUUUUGUGAGAUAUUUUGUAAAGAUUAAUUGAAAGGUGAACUAUUUUUCACCCUUGGCUGGCUGUAAAAUGCAAAGGGGAACUUCAAAGUUGCACUAUCCCAUUAGGUUUUUUCCCCCAGUAGAUUUCCUAAUAUUUUUUCUUACGUUUUUGAUUUUCUGUUUUAAUUUGCCUGAUAUAGGUAUCAUAGUUUCCUCCUCCUUCUUUUUUUUUCUUUUAAUAGAUAAAAUUCUGAUGUAAGACACUCUUAAAACAUACUUUGAACAAAAGAAAAUGAAUCUGUUAUUUAAAAUGAAUUCCUUCCACCAUCACCCAAAAUAUCAAUGGCAUGAAUGCAAUCUCUUGGGGGCAGAAAAAAUUAAAAUAGUACCAUUAACCAUUCAUUGAUGGAGUAAUUUCCAGAAUGACAUAUUAUUUGCUGAAAAGCCACUGAUAAUAUACUUGUUUCACUAUCCAUAAUGGUUGGUAGUGUUCUAAGAGAGCUUUAUCAAUAAAUUUGGAGAGGUAAUCCAUGGAUGUUCAUUUUAGGCUACACUAGAGAUCAGGUUUUGGCUGGUAUUUUCUGGUUACACAUCAGAAAUUAUGUACCAACAAUGUGGGGGAUUUGUGUGGAUGCCAUGUAGAAGCUCUGUUUUCUGAGCACAGAAAACUAGACCUUAGUGUCUUUAUGAUGUGAGAGUGUACUCUGUACACACAGAGAGACACUGACAGUGUAAACUAUAUAUAUAUCUACUCAGAACUAAGGCCUCCACUUUACAACCCUUUUUCAGGAUCAGUAUAUAUAGUGGCUCAAUGUGUGAAUAUAAUUUUAACAAGAAACCUCUUAUUUUUUGUCCCGUAAAAUCUUGAUGAGGCUUGCUAUUUAAUUUUAGUUUUUCGCUUCUUGGCCUUUUGGCUAAGAUCAAGUGUAAUUUUAAUUUUAAUUUUUUUAAUAUUUAUGAUAAACUCCAGGGGGGAAAACAACAGUCAGUAUUCUAUACCAGCUACCUAGUUAAGGAUGUUUAAGUGAGUAACCUGUUCUAGUCUGAAACACACACUCCACCAAAAAUAGGAUGGAAACAUAAUUCACUCAUGCUCCAAUUGUUGGCAGAAUAGAGCUCCUGCUCCUCAUUGCAGCUGAUGCCCAGUAAAAUAGGUUGAAGGGGGAAUUACAGUCAAGGCACUAGUGUCACAAAUUUGACUUGAAUAGUAAUCAUGAAUAUGGAACGGUUACCUAGCUUUUCUGUCGUAUCGCAAGACAAAAGAAAGCUGAGAGGCAGUGAGAGAGAAGUAGCUUUCUUCUUGUCUCUCUGCAUGCUGUCAAAGCACUUCCAUUCUCUUCCCAAGGGAGAUGGUCAUAAAUCAUGCCCUUUAUUGCACUGGAAAAAUCCAUUUGGCAAAAGGCAUGCUUUUAUGAUCUUCUUCCUAUGGAAGGAGAACAUAACUUCUAGGACCGCAUGUGAAGAGGCAAAGAGAAAGCCAGUUCUCUCCCUUGGUGCCCCUCAGCUUUCUUUUGUCAUGAGAGAAGGCUUUUAGACAUCCGUAAAUGUUCCAUAUUUACAGUUGCUACUUAGUCACAAGUAUGUCACUUUUACCAUAAUGGUAGCUCUUUCCUGCAGCCUACCUUACUAUGCAUCAGCUUCUUGAGGAGAAGGAGGUCCAUUCUGCCAGCAAUUGGAGCAUGAGUGAAUGAUAUUUCCAUCAGAUUUGAGAGGAGAUUGGGCCAAGAGAGGUUACAUAGGGGCGGACAGAUGGGCCAGGAAAGCACAGGCCACCCAGUACCCAACCUGGGCUGGCUCAGGGAUGGGCAGGUGAUUCUCACUAGCCACAAUGGAGGAGUAAGAUAAGGGUUGUAUGAGCCAUCAGUUCUGCAUGGAGUGAGACCUGUGUUAAGGCCCUCUUACCCUAGGAUCAGGCUGGAUCCACCAGAUCUGCAUCUGUCUGUUGGGAUCUGGCCCAGCCCUAGUGCCAGGCUUUUGGCCUGUAACAUCCAAAAAGGACUGUGUGAGACCUGGGGGGGAAUGGGCCUUUGGUCCAUAAGGACAGCCCCACAGUUAAGUAUACUUAACUACAUAGCCAAUCUAGAAUGCUGGCCACUGUUUCUAUCUCAUGGGGAUUUAGUAGUUCAUUGCACAUUUAAGUUCACUGAUUUUUGUUAACUGAUAUUUCCAAGAUUGAAAUUUUACUUCAGCAUAGACUUCAAUAGAAGCCCUACUUCCUUCAAUAGAAGGAGAAGUUCUGAAUUAGAUGUGAAGCUCCAAUAUAUCCUGAAGCACCUAACUGAACUGCUAGAUCAGAGCCUGAAUAUACAGAAUUAGUUGAAAAUACUGAUCAGAAGACGUAGUGGAGCCAGGACUCACAUGAUCAAGUCCUUGGAUUUAUUUUUAUGACAAGGGACUGUGCCAUCUGCCACUAUCCAUCCUGGACUCUUCAUUCCCUAUGAACUUCAUUACCCACAGUAACUGUAAGAGAAAUGGAUUUCCUUAGCAAUGUUAUGAGUCAUCCUUCUGUAAUCCAAAGUGUCUUGGUCUUGAGAGAGCAAGGUCCAUUUACUUUAUAAAGGGCCUGCUCCCAAUGGACAUGAAAACUGCUAGAAAUAUGGGGAGGGGUUGUUUUACUGACACCAGUGCAGCUAUUUGCAUUUUUGGACAAUCUUUGGGGAUGUUGCUAAAGAAACUGUCACAAUACACUUCCAGAUUUACCACUAUACCAUCAUUGAUCAGUAAGCUUUUGGAUGUGAAAGUGUGGCAGGACACAGAAUUUCUUAGGUCAAGGUUGUCAUUAAUCUUUUAUGUAGCACUUCUCAAAACACAAGGUGCUUUAUAGACUCACUUGUCCUCACAGUAUCCUCAUGAGUUGAGUCCUUAAAUGAUUCCCAUUUUAUAAAAGGGAGGGUUGGGGAGAGAAACCAAGAAUGUGCACAUUUGCUCAAGGCUGCUCAGUGAUGAGGGAUGUAUACUCAUGUUUCCUUCAUUGUAUGACUUCUUAUUCACUGGGCAAAUGCCAGUUUGAAAUUGUUAAACCUUCCUUAACAAUUUAAGAUGAAUCCAGGAAAGGCUUUCUGCUCUUGGCACUGUUUUGCCUCAGUCGGUCCAGUUAGCUGCAGAUCUUGCAAAAAAACAGACAAGUGAAUAAUGAAAAUAUUUUCCAAACCAAAAGGGCUAGAAACUUUUUUUCCUUUUAAACAAGCAGAAAAAGUCACUGUUCAAAAAGUUACAUCUGGGGAUCACUCUGCAGAGACCCACAGGAAAAAGCCCAGAUAACUUGGGAAGUAUUGUUCAUUUUUAUGUCAGCAAAAACAUCAUCUCAGGUCUCAAGCUGUGCACACCUCUCCAAGGGCCUGACGCAAAAUCGUUCCAUUUGCGAUUCAGUUCUGUUUUUCAACAUCCUCCAGCAUCAGCUUUUCUAUUUUGGUUUUUUUGUUUGUUUGUUUGUUUUUUUGUCCUGUUAAGCAUGCAACCUUUUUACGAGAGCUAUCCUACUGGUUAAAUGUUCUGUUCCUUCACAUGCUGCGUUUUCCAGUUUGGCAGUACCACUGUGACUGAGUACAAUCAAGUUUUCCACCAGUCCUGGGUUACUGUAGCAACAUAUAUUUUUUUCUCUUCCCCUGUGUACAUGGAGCUAUUUUGUGCUUCCAGCUUAGAGUUGCCAUUGCACUUUUUUAAAGCAUAAAAAAAGACAAAGAAAGUUUGGGGUUUGGGUUAGGGAGGGUGAAAGACCACAUAUUUUGAUGAGAGAGUAAAAUAAUAAAAACACAAGAAGCAGCACAAGAUGUCGUGUUCUCCUUAAGAUCUAUGUGUUCAUUGCUUUCAUGUCUGGAUGUCUAUGUGUUUUGUGUUUCCUGGUGAAAGGGUCCCCAUACAGUAGCCUUGUAUUUCAAUAGUAUUCCAUCAGUAUCACCAGCCCAAAGAAAGACCACCGUGUUGAGAGGUUGAGAAUUUUGGCUAUUCACAGAGAAGAAAACAUGCUAAAUAGUGGUGUGUAGUAGAGCCAAGACUCACAGAGUCAAAAUGCCAGGACUCUUUCAUCAGUAGAGAUGAUCAUUUAUUCCACCCUUGACUUCCCUGUUCUCUCUAAGUUUAGAUGCCAUUCUCACUAUAGCUCAAGGAGAAAUGACUUUCUCCAACAAUAUAUUAGCCUGAAUAUGUUGGUUGAGAUCCAGCAUGGGGUGCAUCCAGACUAAUUCAAAGGUCCCAGAUUUUGUUCUUGUUCUUUUCAGCUUCCUAUCAGAUUAAAAGAAAUUGGCCUUGAUUGCUAGCACAGGUUGAGUCUAUCUCAUCCAAAAUGCUUGGGACCAGAGAUGUUUGGGAUUUCAGGGUUUUGUUUUGUUUUUAAGAUUUUGGAAUACUUGAAUUUGCAUAGACAUACAUAAUGGGAGAUGGGACCCAAGACAAAACACAAAAAUCAUUUAUUUGUCAUAUACACCUUUAUACACAUAGCCGGAAGUUAAUUUUAUACAAUAUUUUAAAUAAUUUUUGUGCAUGAAACAAAGUUUGUGCACACUGAAACAUCAGAAGGCAAAAGUGUCACUAUCC